CUUGUUUCUUCUUCCACUUUCUCUCUUUCUCUAUCUCCAUUCUUUCUCCUCUCUCAAUUCUUCCCCAAACCCAUCUCUUAGAACCGUAGCCCAAACUCACGGCAACAAGGACGGCGACGAGUACGGCUUCCAGUUGUAGAUACCAGCAGUGGUUGUGAAAAAAUUGAACAAGGAGUAGGAAAUGCAACGAAGUAGUAAAAAGAAUGGGGCAGUUCUUUGAGGAUGAAGGGAUCAAGAACAGACAUAAUAAUUGGUCUGGUUCUUGAGUUUAUUAUGAAUUCCUGUUUGGACUGAGAUGAUAACUUGAGUUCAAUUGAUGGUGUCCAAAUGUUACAAACCACUCAUAGCUGCUGCACCAGGAAAUCCAAGCCAAGAAUUGAUUAAACUCAAUUGUCUUCUGAAAAACCUCAUUCAUGGUGGUCAAUUCUCAGAUGCCCUCCAACUCUUCCGACGAAUUCACUUGUCCCACCACUUGAAACCUGACCACUACACUGUAUCGACCGCCCUCACCGCGUGCGCCAACCUCCAAGAGACUAGAGUGGGUGCCCAACUCCACUCUCACUCCAUUCAAUCUGGGUUGGAAAUCUUUCCACACGUUACAAAUACUCUCCUUUCACUCUACGCGAAAUCGGGGGACUUGGUUUCUGUCAAAAGGGUUUAUGAUGAAAUAAAGAAACCUGAUGUUUAUUCGCAUACUACGUUGUUAUCAGCUUGUGCAAAGCUCGGGGAAGUUGAUUAUGCUUGUCACAUGUUUGAUCAAAUGCCUCAUGAAAAUGUGGCAGUUUGGAAUGCCAUGAUCACAGGAUGCGCGGAAAAUGGACAUGAUGAGAUUGCAUUUGGGUUUUUUCUGAAAAUGCAUGUCUUGGGUGUAAAAGCUGAUAAUUAUACUUUUGCUAGUGUUCUAAGUUUAACUUCUUUACGGCAGUUUGAUUUUGGUAGGCAAGUGCAUUCUUUAGUUGUAAAGACUGGAUUUUUAAGGAGGACGUCAGUUGUUAAUUCUUUGGUUACAAUGUAUUUUAAUUGUGAAAGUGUUACAGAUGCUUAUGGUGUGUUUGAGGAAGUGGGUUGUGAAGUUGGGGAUGAGAUAACUUACAAUGCAAUUAUAGCUGGUUUAGUGAACUUGGAAAAAGAUGAAGAUGCUUUGACAUUGUUCAUAGAUAUGCAAACUGUUGGUCUAAGACCAACUGAAUUGACUUUUGUGAGUGUUAUGGGAGCAUGUUUAUUCUCCAAAAUUGCUAGUCAAGUACAUGGCCAAGCCAUAAAGAUGGGUUUUGAAGAAUACACUUCUGUGAGUAAUGCAGCAAUAAGCAUGUACUCUAAUUGUGGGGAGCUAGAUGCAGCUCGUUUGGUUUUCAGAAUGUUGAAAGAAAAGGAUAUUGUGUCGUGGAAUGCCAUCAUAGCAAGCUAUGCUCAAGAGAAUUUGGGUAAAGAUGCUAGCUUAGCUUACCUUCAGAUGCAAAGGCAAGGCCUUAAACCAGAUGAAUUUACGUUUGGAAGCUUACUAGCAAGCUCAGAGUUGCUAGAGGUGGCUGAGAUGAUUCAAGCAAUUGUAAUUAAAAACUCACUUAUCUUGAAGGUUGAAGUAUUAAAUGGGUUGCUUUCUGCUUUUUCUAGGAAUGGUGAAAUAGAGCAGGCAAGCAAACUCUUCUGUGGUAUGCAGUCCAGGAACUUGAUAUCCUGGAAUGCUAUGAUUUCUGGAUUUCUACUAAAUGGAAUGCCGGCAAAUGGUUUGCAGCAAUUUUUCAAAAUGCUGCUGUCGGGAUUGCGACCAAACCAUUACACUCUCAGCCUUGUUUUGAGCAUUUGUGCUAGCACUUCAGAUCUACAGCAUGGAAAACAGGUUCAUGCAUACAUACUGAAAUUUGGAUAUUUUUUUCAUACAUUGCUGGGGAAUGCUCUUGUUGCAUUGUACUCAAAGUGUGGGUCUUUGAAUUGGUCUUUGAGAGUGUUCCAGAACAUAAUGAGAAAAGAUGCUGUAUCUUGGAACUCAAUAAUCUCUGCUUAUGCACAACAUGGAGAAGGCAAAGAAGCUGUCCGGUGGUUUGAGGCUAUGCAAUAUUCAAGUGCAGUGAAACCAGAUAAGGCCACUUUUACUGCAGUCCUUUCAGCUUGCAGCCAUUCAGGUUUAGUUGCUGAUGGUCUCCGGAUCUUCACCCUGAUGGUCAAUGGUUAUGGUAUUGAGCCCAAAAUACACCAUUUUUCUUGCAUUGUUGACCUCUUAGGUCGAGCCGGAUUCCUUGAUGCAGCAGAGAGACUAAUUAAGGGUAGGGGCAUCAACGUUGACCCCAGUGUCUGGUGGACUCUAUUCAGUUCCUGCGUGGCUCAUGAUAAUCUGCAGUUGGGAAGUAUAGUUGCAGAAUUUCUACUUGAAACAGGAAAAGAUGAUCCAGCAGUUUAUGUUCUUCUGUCAAAUCUUUAUGCCAAUGCAGGAAAAUGGGAAGAGUCGGCUAAUUUGAGGGAAUUAAUGAAGAAAUAUAAUGUGAUGAAGCAACCUGGAAGCAGUUGGAUCACUUCAUGAAACCAUCUAACGUUUAGUUGCUACUAGCUAAUGUGGGGGAGCUUGACUUCUUUUCGAGUAUUUAUAUGCUCGAGAUCAAUCAGAGGUAUCUACCACUUGUGGAUGUAAUCCAUGCAACUUCAAACUAUGGAUGGGGCUACUCGUGCACAUGUCUCCAAUUAGAAUGUUAUCAUCGACACUAGGAUGCCUUGUGGCUUUCAGGCAAAUGAUAUUAUGAUAUAUUCAAGCAUUUAUUUCCAGAGAAUGAUGUGGACUCCCUCAGUAAGGUUGUCCUGCUGGCACGGAUAAUUUUUCACUACAAUUUGAUGGGUUGGCCUGCGGUGGCGAAAACGCUAACUUCCCAGAGCAACUCGGCUAUGUCGUCGGGCACAAUGGCGGUGGCCGUAGAAGAAGCCUUGGAAACAAGCGAUGUUUCGCCGGGCUCUGCUGCAAAGCGACCUCUACUGAGAAAAUCCAACAGAUGGAGGAGAAUGUAGGGACGUGGGAGAGUGGGUAGAUGGGAAUAGAAGUGAUGUGGAGGAAGUGAGAUUCCGUUGAGAUAUCAUUUUCGUCAUACUCGCUGUUUAAGAUUCUUGUGAAGUUCGCAAGACAAAGUAGUGGGAAUAGCUUAAAUUGUUGUUGUGAUGAAAAGUGAAAAGGGAGUGAAUGAAUGUUCUUGGGGGUUAUGGAGGAGAGGUGGACUAACAACCAACACAAAGAUUUAUGUGGGGGGAGAAGUUUCGUCAUCAUCGUCUUUUGGGGACGAUUUUAGUUCGUUAUUUAACCACUUAUAUA